GAUUUCAUCGUAGGUAAUCUUAUCGUUUGUAGCCAAAAUAAACUUGGUUUGUUUUCGCUAAUUCCAAUCGCAACCGGACCAGUAGCUAGUCAGUUGUCCAGUAUGCAUUUACGUUGUGCAAACAUUUUGAUAUGUAUAAUUUCGAUAUUUGUAAGCUGCCACGUUGUGCAUUCUCAAGUGGUUCAACGUCUGGAGGAAAUACCAUUUUCAUUGGCCAUCUUUCUAGCGGAGUACAGAUCUUGGUCAAACCAAUCGUGGACGGAGGAUGAUUGGCGGGAUCUGUUGUGCAUGCACGAGUUGAAACAGUUCGGCCUAGGACUGCAAAGUGAACAGCGAUGGGCCUUGCAUAUGUACGAUUCAUGGGGGAAGAUACCCUCUGGAUUACUGCGAGGGAACUCGUUUACGCCCGGUAGUUUCGAUCAGUGCCGCGAGUUCUCUGUACAAAAUAGCGCUGCAGCAUUCGACGGACAGCAUUGUACUGUACUACUGAAUAUGAAUACUGUAGCAUCGUCUCUCAAUGAACUUUGGCUAGGAAUUUGUAUACCAGACUCGUGCGAACCAACGUUUGUUAAACGGAUGGUGGAUAGCUAUGCAGUAGAUCGAAAUCUCGGUGCAGUUCCGGGCUUAAGUCAGGAAGAUUUUUGUUAUCGUGAUGAUCCAAACUGGAGCCUUAGUGGGACUGCCAUUGCUGCGAUUGUUGUUUUAGGGUUUAUAGUGGCUGUGAUGGUUAUCUGUACAAUUGUAGAAGUACUUGGAUUCAUUUUUCAACGCUCAAUACCCAACUCGAUCAAAAAGCUAUCAGUUUAUUAUAAACUUUUUGCACUGUUCAAAACGAUACCAAAGUCGGAAGAAAAAGGAGAAACCAUAGACUGCAUCAAUGGAAUCCGAUCGUUUAUGAUGCUACAAAUAAUAUCCCACCAUGUGCACCAUGCUAUCAAAACAAUCCCUACGGCCAACCACAUUGCUCGAGAAGAAUUCUUUGAAUCUGCCUUCGGAAUCCUGGGCUAUCGGGUAUCGGCUUUGUCGGCGGAUAUCUUCCUGGUUCUGAGUUCGGUACUUCUAACCUAUAAUGUACUCACGGAGCUCACCGCUACCAACAAGCUCAAUUUGCUGCGGCUCUACAUUCAUCGUUUGGUGAGAAUUCUACCGGCCUACGGAUUCCUUAUCUGGACCGUAGUCGCAUUCGCGGACUACUUCGGCGAAGGACCUUUAUUCCACUACUAUGUUCGACCAAUGAUCGACGCCUGUGCUGACAACUGGUGGUCUGCUCUAUUGUUCGUCCAUAACUAUGUUAAUCCGGAUCGUAUGUGCCUUCCCCACACUUGGUACCUUUCGGUUGACAUGCAGCUGUACCUUAUAUCUCCACUCUUCAUCUAUCUCUUAUGGAAAUUCGGCGAUCGAUUGCUAUUUGCACCGCUAUUUCUUGUUCUAUUAUCGAUCCUUUGUGUAUUCACAACCUUCAUGGUCAACGAUUUCGUACUAAAUCCUCCGAUGACUUCGGACCGGGAGUUCGAACGGGAUCGCCUCACCUAUUACCCAACCCAUGCCCGUAUGGCUGUGUGGUUCUGCGGCAUUGCCUUCGGAUAUCUGUUGUUUCGCACCCGCGAGAAGCGACAAGUUCCAUCGCAGAUCAUUCUGGUUGGUGUUUCGAUCGCAGCAACGGCGCUGACCGCGGUCAUCAUGUUCUGCGCUCACGAGAUCUACAAACCAAGGGAAGCCGAUCCGGUAGGGGAUGCUUUCUACGAAGCAUUGCACCGCGUCGCUUGGGUUCUCUGCAUCAUGUGGCUUAUCUUUAUGUGCAUCAACGAGCAUGCCAGUGCUCUGGGUCACUUCCUGGCGUGGACGUUCUGGCAGCCGGUAGCUCGACUGUCCUACAGCAUGUAUUUGAUCCAUUACGUCGUUAUUAUUAUCAGCUUCGCGGGAAUGCAAAGCCAACCGUUCUAUUUCAGUGCGAUAAACUUGCAAUAUAUCAACUUUGGCGUCAUCGGCUUGACAGGAGCGGUGUCGCUUGUGUGGUGGAUAUUCAUCGAACAACCGUUUCAGAUUAUAGAGCGGAAUGUGUGUAGGUGGAUUCGAAAAUAAAAACAUUAAAUUCUUACCUAGGUACGAUA